AUGGAAGGGAACGACAAAGAGUUUAGGCAUUCUUUUUCACUCCCAGUGUUUAGUUAUAGAGAAAAAGAAGGAAGAUCGAUAUACUCAAUUAAUGUUCCUAAACUUAUGUUUUGGUUUUCAGGAUUGAUGAUUGGUAUGGUUUAUGGAAAUUUAAUUCUAGCCUGUGCAACUAAUUUCUCGUGCUUUACAUUUUUGCCGACUUUGGGCUAUUUAGGCUGCUUUAGUGGGUUGCUUAAAAUAUAUUUAAUUUUUUUUUUAAAAGGAGCUUAAUUUAUUGAUUAAUUUUAUAUAAAGCCCGUUUUAGAGGCCAUGACAGAGUUUUUAUCGUAUCUUGCACAUAUUUUGCACUAGUCCUUAUCUUAAUGUACACUGGAGCUUAUUAUCAUUUCGGUUCAUCUUUACCAAGGUGAAAAAGGCACUUAUUAUUAUACUUAGGAGUUAUUUCAUGCUCAAUUUUACCUAUAAUUAGUUUAGUUGAUGAGGUAAACAGUGUACACAUUCUUCCUCUAGAAUUUAUUUACGUAUUUUUAUCAACCUGCUUUAUCAUUUCAAAUCUUGCUUGGUCUUCCCUUGUUUAUUCUUUACUUUUAUUAUCAAAAAGCACAUUCAAUGCUCAAGAAAGACACUGGUUUUUUAUUUUGUCUGUAUUUUUAGGAGUUUUUGUAUUUAUUUCGAUUAUUAAUAUUGUCGAGUGGAAUUGGGCAUAUUCAAUACCAUCAAACCUCCUUAUAAAUGAAAAUGCUGAGGCAAUCUGUGAAUGGAUUUUAGUGUCAAUUUCUAUAAUGGUGCCACCUAUUUUUUGCCAAUUUUUUAGAGGAUUUUUGCUUACUUUUACUGUAAAUUCUGGAAAAUCAAAGGAAAAUGAAAAAUCAAAUGAAGAUAUUGAACUCGCUGCUUUUGAUGCUUAA